AUGCCCUCCGCCGCCACACCCGCGCAUGCAGCGCCGCGAACCUCCGCACCCGCGCCGCCGCGUUCUGUACGCGAUCCGUCCACCGCGCCGGCUCCGCCACGCUCCGAGCGCGUAGUGCCCGCUCCGUCACGAACCGCGCGCGAACCGCUCGCCGCGUCCGCUCAGACGCGACCCGCGCGCGACGCAGCCGUUCCACCAAGUUCGGCACGCGACGCGCCCACGGCGCCGCGUGCUGCGCGCGACGCUCCGCGCGCCUCACCUAGUGCCGCGCGCGUUACGCAACGCUCCACUUCGCAACUCACGCCGCCUUUCGAUGCGGCCGCGCCCUCGCAUACGUUUUUGCGUCCUGCCGUACUACCCGCACUGUCGCGCUCCGCGCACGAUGUACCGCGAAGUGCGGCCAUAGCCGCACUUAAAGCACCUUGCCCUGCUCCUGGUUCAUCGCGCGCUGCCUUUUCCCACGCCGUGCCAGCGCUGUCGUCAGCGGCGCCUGCACUCAAGGCGCCCACGCCGAGCUCACAACAAAAACCUUCUAUGCGCUCUCCGCGCUUUCCUGCACCACAACCAAACCCACCGAUUCCAGUUGGCCGCUUUCCCUCUCCGCCCCAGCGAGCGGAGAAACGGAACAUGCCGUCAAUAUCGCCAGGUUCACCGAUGGACACGGCGCAUACCGCGCCAGUUGCUCCGACCUACGCGCACACAGUGCGCACGCCACCAGGCUCCACCUCCACCUCUGCUACCACUGCAGUUACCUCUGGGGUAUCCCCGAUUGCUGCUGCUGAGCCGACUAAUACGUCAACCGCGGCCACACACACAGAAAUUCCCGCUCCAGCUCCGACGCUGCCAAAAACACCGAGCCGCUAUCCACCACUCAUCGUGGAAGCAUUGCCGGACUGGACGACGCACUUCAAGGAGCUGAAGCGCUUACUCGGUCACACGCCAAACGGACGCCCCUUUGGCAAAGGCGUCCGCUUCCUUCCGAGAUCCGACGAAGAGUUCCGCACCAUCCAAAGAUACCUUACGCAACUAGAAAGCGAAAACGGAAUCUCUUGGUUUUGCUACUCACUUCCUGCAGAACGCAGCAUAAAAGUAGCCAUCCGGGGCCUGCCAGCAAACACAGAACCGGCACUAGUCGAGCAGGAGCUGCGUGAGCUCGGGUAUGUCCCGGAGCACGUGCGAACGAUUCCCCCCCGCGCGGGCAGACCGGGGUGCCUCAUGUUCGCACAGCUUCAACGAACUCCUGGACUUAUCCCUGGCAUCUACGAGGUGCGCGAGUUACUCUGCAUGCCGGGGAUCAUCGUAGAAUCAUGGCGUGGUCGCAAAGGCCCAGCGCAAUGUCACCGCUGCCAGCAGUUCAGACAUUCUUCACAUAACUGCCACAGGCCCAUCGCCUGCGUACGCUGCGGAGAGAACCACCCAGCUCGCGAAUGCCAACGCCCACUAGAAGACCCCCCGACGUGUGCCAACUGUGGUGGCGCACACACGGCGAACAACGCUGCAUGCCCUGUUUUUAAACGGGAAAGCCGCAACCGCCGUGCGGGUACUGUAGCACGCACUUCCACAACGAUGCGUGCUACUACAUUUACUACCCAUACAGCCGCAACAGAGGCUGACGCACCCGGCUCGCUUAUGGCUGCUGCCAACCAGCCAGGGCAACAACCGGGUGGGAAACGCCGCCGCAAGCGGGGCAAGCGUGCCGGGGCACGCAAAGACGAGCCAUCCCAGGCACCCUCCACCGCACCUUAUGAAACUGCUGGCAGAUGCUCUACAGCGCCGCCCGGACAGUCCAAACCCACCGUGGUCGCCGCCCCUGAGAGGGGGACGAAGGCGAAGCGAGUGGCACCGCAGUCGGCACCUCAACCGGAAAGCGGCCACUUGGACCCUAGAUUUGCCGCAGUCAUCAGCACCCUAAAUCAGCGUCGCGUGGACAUCGGCCUGAUCAACGAAACCCACCUCAAACCAGUAGACAAAUUGAAGGUUCCUGGAUACCAUGUCUACCGGGAGGACCACAUUUCGCCGAACGGGAUUGCCUACCGGGGAUUAGCAGUCCUGGUUCGUCGAAAUGUCAUUCACCAAGUGCUGCCAGUACCACAACUUCAGACAUCAUACGCUCUGGGCGUGGAAGUCUGCAUCGACGGCCAGCCCACCCGCCUGUUCGCCUUUUACAAACCCCCGCAGCAUCGGAUUGCAGUGGUUGACGUCCACGCACUGCUGGACUCGCCACUGCCGACGAUAGUCGCCGGGGACUUCAACGCGAAACAUACGGCGUGGAAUUCUAAUACCGUAUGUCCGGAUGGCAGACGCCUUCUAGACGACGCAGACCGCCACAGCUACAAAGUGUUAGGACCAGAGGUCCCGACACACUAUCCGUAUUGUGCAGCCCACACUCCAGACGUCAUCGACUUAGCUGUCGUCCGCGGCCUGACUGCCGCACCGUCGCUUGAUGUUAUGGAUGACCACCUUGUUUCCAAUCACCAGGCCGUCCUCUUAACGCUAGAGAGCAUACCUACGACGAUGAUACCACCUUCUCCGAAGCAUCGCCAGGACUGGCGAGUCUUUGCCGCUCAUAUGGCAGAACAUUCGCCGUCCUACAGAGUAGAGACUUCAACAGACGUCGACCGGCUCGCAUCGGACUUCAGCACAUCCUUGUCCACUGCGCUCCGAGAAUCGAGACUCGACGCUGAGCCCUCCCGUAGACCACCCCAACUCCGGCCCUAUCUUCAGGCGAUGAUAGAGGAGAAAAGGAAACUGCGCAGGAAAUGGCAAACCCGACGAUGCCCGAUCAUGAGGUCACAGCUUAACGCUCUGGCGGCUAAGAUCUCGGAAGCGCUCGAAAACGACGCUACCGAGUCUUGGUCGGUAUUGAAAAUAAUAAAAGUACGAAAGUCUUUGAAAUAUGUGAGGAUCUGA